AUGGCCAAAGGCGCAGGCAGUCCUAUUCCUGGAAAGAAACCAUCCGUUGUAAACAAGAACGCUGCCUCCCUUGAGACCAGCUGGGUUCAUGACGGAAGAGGAACUACAAAUCAGCCUGGACUGCGAUCGUUUGUACUCUACGAACGAGAAAUCUUAUUUGACAUAAGUCCCACGGAGAAAGAAAAAGGUCACGUUGGAAACACUGUUUUCAAGCACGGGGUAAUUACAGACAGAACUCAUUCUGGCUUCUGCAGCUCUGCUGAAGGAUCUGUAUUUAUCCAGCCCUGCCACUGGGGCCUUCCAGUUUCCUGCUUCCAUUUUCUUCCACGUUGUGAGGCUGCUGGCCUUAAGGAUCCACAUUCUUUUUUCUUCGUGACCUUGGGCGCGGGAGCAGAAGCAGUCUGGAUUCCCAAAGCGCUGGAGGGGUGUUCGGUGCUGAAGAACUCGUUGAAAAUUCCAGGGAGGGCACAGAGCCUACAGCAUCAGGAGCUGGGAAUUCAGGCACUGCAAGCAAAAUGGAGAAGGGCCGUUGUCAUGACAAGCCUGGCUUCCUGGCCUCUGACUCUCUGUUCCAGCAAGACAUCCUUGAAACACUGGCCAUCAUGUGGGUGGACAGCAGCCCCCCCCCGCCUCUCCCCGGUCUGUGAAGCCAGGACAACUGCGGAGAAAUCCCUGGAGCCCCAAACAGGCAAGGCAUGCAAGGCAUCAUGGUCCUCAGGAACCAGGAACAAAACCAGGAACCAAAACAAAAAGCAGGGAGGCAGCACCAAGCAACAGCUUCCAGGCACUCUGGGGAAAGAAGGCACCGGACCGAGGAAGCAGGGGAUGAGUAUUUAGAAGGAGGCUGGUGGCCCCGUCAGUGUCUUCAGGCCUCGUUUCAGAAGUCCCAGGGAAUGUGGUGGGAAUGGCAUGUAGAAGAGGUAGAGAGGAAGGUGGUCGUUCUCACUCACAUGCAACCCGCACCCCAGACAGCGGGCUGGGAUCUCCGAGACGAGACCUAGUGCUAGAGAGGGGGUCUGGCAAGAGCUAUACAAAGUCUCGGUCACUGGGGUUCUUGUCCUGGGAAGAAAAGCUAAACAACAAACAAACAAACAAGCCCUAAAAAUAAGCUAAAGACAACCUAGGCUGUGCACUUGAACACCAAGACCUGUAGAUCAAGACCCGUAAGGGUAAGUCCGGUGCAGUUGCCUUGUAGACUCUCCCCUGCCCCCCGUCUUGCCCUUUUCUAGUUGGCCUCAUCUUCACAUUCACGCCCGAUUUGCUAAAACACAGCUUUUGUCAGGUCAGUCUCUGUUCAGGCUCUUGGUCAAAUGCUCGGUUAUUACGAGGCAUUUGUAUCUUCAGCUGUCCAAUGUAGCAGCUGUCACAGACUCCAGGACAAGGGCAGUGUGGUGCCGCCAAAGCCAAGGUCAGGAGUAUACUGCAGAGAGGUUUCUGAAGUGAAAAUUGAAAAUAAAUACUUUUAUUUUGUGCCUGGAAGUAGGAGACUUUUAAAAGUUGGAGACUUUGAAGUGAAGCAUCUUUAUUGUAGUUUUGAGAAUGGGUGACGGAUUGUGAGACACUGAGAGAAGAUAGUAGGGGCAGGGUUUUGAAUAGCUGAAGAGAAAAAAAUCAAUGCUUAACGUUUGAUGAAGUUACAUGUGACCAAUAUUUCUUUUCACACCCUAAUUUGUCUACUCAAUACUUAUUCACUUACUCUACACAUGUUUGUUGAG